UUGUACAAACGUUAAUCUCCUCAGCAAAUUUCUAGGGUUUUCUUAAGCUCUCUGCGCAGCUGCCCUUGACAUUGUUGAAGUAGCAAGAGUCAAUCAUGGGUCAUUCUAACGUUUGGAAUUCUCACCCCAAGAGCUACGGCCCUGGUUCUCGUACUUGCCGUGUAUGUGGGAACCCUCAUGGGUUGAUCAGGAAGUAUGGGCUCAUGUGCUGCAGACAGUGCUUCCGUAGCAAUGCCAAGGAAAUUGGAUUCAUUAAGUACCGCUAAAGGAUUAAAAGAGUAUUACCAAGAAGAGUGGUGACUUUUGUUCGAGUAGUAUGAUAGUGGUUUUGGUGCAAGUUUGUCCCAGUAGUGGUUUAAAAUAUGGAGGAACGCUAAUAUGAUUUUAUGUUUUUAAUUGAUUUGAAGUUGAGUUUGA